AAAGCUCGAGGCCCAGCGCUGCGGCGGCUCUUCCUCCCUCAGAGACCGGCGCCCCGAUGGGCUUCACGCAGGCGCUGCUGGCGCUGCUGGGCGCGGCGGGGCUCGCCGCCCUGAUCCUGCUGGUGCUGGGCAGCAUCUACUUCGAGGCCACCAACUCCGAGCUGCCGGCCGGGCUGGAGCAGCCGGCCAGGCUACGCGUUAUUCAUGCCUGCCGCAUUGGGGCCGCGGUCCUGGGACGGAUCUUGGAGAACCUGCACUUCUGCCGCCAAAUCCAGUUCGUCCGGUUGGUGCGCAACGCCUGGACGAGGAGGAGAGACCCCACCCUCCGCAUCCAGGACGCCGCCUUCGAGGGCAUCCCGGUCCGGCUAUACCUGCCCAAAGCGCCCUCCGCCGCUGGCCCGAGGAAGGGCAUCGUGUACUUCCACGCGGGGGGCUGGCUCUUCGGCAGCUUGGGGAGCCAGGAGCACCUCUGCUGCUACUUGGCCAGAGAAAGCGACUCGGUGGUUGUGUCUGUGGCGUACCGCUUGGCUCCUGAGCACAGACACCCCGCCCAGCUCGACGACUGCCUUGCUGCCUCCACCCACUUUCUGAAGGUCGCGGAGGACUACGGGGUGGACAGCAGCCGGGUCAUCCUUGCUGGAAAUGAGGCGGGUGGGAAUCUCGCUGCCGGGGUCUGUCAAAUCUUAGCAAGUAGACCGGGCCCUGCCAAGGUGCACGCUCAGAUCCUCCUCUGCCCCGUUCUCCAAGCGGUAGACUUCAACUUGCCUUCCUACCAGCAGAACCGGGCCGUGCCACUUCUGUUCCGAGAACGGGCUGCUUUUUACCUGCUACAGCGCUUGACGGGAGACGCUUCGUGCCUGGGGGAUAUCUUGGAAGGGUCACACGUCCCGAUGAAACUACGAGCGCAGUACAGGAAGUGGCUGAGCGUGAACCACCUCCAGGAGGAGUUUAAAGCCAGGGGCUAUAAGCCCACCUCCUGGCUUUCUUUCAAAGAGGAUGUCUGCGAGGCCCUGGGGAGCUUGGCUUUGCCUGAAUGCUCACCGCUUCUGGCGGAAGAGGCCGUCCUCUCGCUGCUUCCUGAGACCUUCAUUCUGACCUGCGAAUACGAUGUCCUGAGAGACGACGGCCUGCUCUACAAGAAGCGCCUGGAAGACCAGCGGGUCCCGGUGACCUGGUGCCAUCUGGCGAACGGAUUCCAUGGGGUUAUAGAAUUUUUUGAGAGCGGCUGGCUUGGUUUCCCAUCUGGGAAAAAGGGGGUGGAUGAUAUUGUCAGCUUCAUUAAAGGCUUAUGAAAUAACAAGAGUAGCAGUAGUCUGCCAGAAAGUAGAAAACGUGCAUUUGUCCCACAUUCGGUCCAGUGAGGGCCAGCCUGAGCGCAAAAGGCUGAACUUCUCUGGAAUUUGAGCAGUGGCCAAGCCAACGGGAUGCAAGAGCCUUUGCUUCCCACGCUUCCCAGCCCAGAGAAGAGAAUUGAACAACACUCUCUCGGCCAAAAGAGGGAGGUUUCCAUGCUGGCUUCAUGCCGGCCACGAGACACGGUCACGUUGUACCAUCCUGUGGUACUGGAUUUGGUGUCUGCUGUUUUAACGGGCUAUUCUAAAUAACUGGCUCGUUGUGGUACUUCACGCAGAUGUCCGGGGCGUUUAUUUUGUUUUGUUUGCACAGACUUGAGACUGAUUACUUGGAGACUGAAGAAUAAAUGUUAGAAACAAC